GGUCAGUGAGUUAAUAGAUUCAUAUUAUCCACAUAUCACUUAUUCUAGAAAUAAUUAACUCUUACUAAUAUUAAUAUUAAUAAAUAAUAAACAGAAAUAUUUUAAUUUUAGUUUUUUUUUUAUUUCUUUUAUAAAUUAAAGAUACCUAUCAACUACCAAGUCACCAUUGUGUUAAAAAAUCAAAAUUUUAUAAAACAAAAUGUUAUAAUUUACCAAACUAUUUUUUUUACUAUUUCCACACCAAAAAAUGUUAAGCUCUGUGCCCUCUAUUAGGGGGCAGUGGAGCGUGGAUAACGUUUUUUUUUUGGGCGCAAGUAGUGGUUUCUUGCCAUACGAAUCAACCGACAAAACCAAAGAGUGACCCGCCAAACCCAACUGCCAGUAGUGCCAUAGCACACAUCUCAAUAAACCCGCCAAUUAGUCCUCCUCACGGCAAUCCUUCCAAUUCUAGAUCAGAUUCUCUCUAUGCCCACAUUGAAACUGUCAGUCUCUUAUAAUAUAUGCACAACCCAAAUCUCAAUACUAGAAAAUUCACUAUAAAACCAUCCAAUUUUGUAACCCUUUUUUCCAUAGUUAGGAUCUGUGCUAAAAAGGGUUAGUUUCUCUUCUUCUUGAAUAGUUCUCAUCUGAGUUUUCUCUGUUCCUCCGUUUAAUGUUUGUACAGUUUGUCCUUGAGGAAAUUUGAUAUGGGGUCCGAAGUUUUAGAUGUAUUCUAGAGCCAUCCGAAUUACACGAGUUUUUGAGGUUUAAUAUUUCAUGGGUUCAUUCGAUUUUUUUUAAUAGCUUUGGGGUUUAUAACGGAUUCGUGCAUAUAAAAGAAGAUAACAGAUUAACAGCUACUGUUCUAGGUUUUGCCUAUAAGUAAAUUAAUUUGAUGGGUUCCUCUAUGUUUUCAACGAUAUGCAUUCUGCAUUCUACAGUUGCAAUGACAUGUGGCUCUUCAGUUAUGUUCUAUCUUAAGGAAAUUUCUGUUCUUGGUCAUGGUAUAGAAACAGCUCAAAAGCUUUUAGGGUCAACACCACAUGACCAAUUACUGGUCCAAAUUUCCAAUUCAUUUGCUGGUUUGCUUCUCUUUGCAAUUGGGUUUUUAGUGUUCAUGGUGGCAUUUGUGAAGGACAGAGAAUUUCAAAGCUUCUUUGCUAAAGGGUGUGUGCUUCUACAUGUAGCAAUGGCUCUUUGGAGGAUUAACUUUGAGAGAAGGCUUGAGGAUUUGGCUUGGCAUUGGCCAAAACAAAUGAUUGGAGAUCUUAUACUAGCACUUUCUUGGGUAUUCUUUCUAGUGUAUUCUUGGAGGGAAAAGUAUGAUUAGUAUUCUCAAGAACUGCUGCAACUGAUUCAUGUGGAUCAGUUCGUACAGUCUUUUGGUGGUUGGCAUUGAUGAAUAUAGUUGUGGAUCACAUUUUCUUGGGUCUAAAAUGAGAUCUUGAAUUGAUGAAGAAUUUACUCAGGUGCUUGCAAAAUUAGAUGUUAUAAUCAAAGAAAUUGCAGCUAAUAUUCAUCAGUAAAUUGUGUCAGUUGAAUUUUAAAUGUGCCCAUCAUGUCAUGAAAGCAUCUCCAUGGGGAAAGGUUUCUGUGAUUACUGAUUGAGAAAAUUGUGUCCAUCCACAUUUGUUCUUGGUUUCUAUAUCAUUGCUUUGGGAUGAUCAUGACUUGUGAGAAAUUAUGGAGAUUCUCUGUCUAUAAAAUGUUUCAGUACCCUAUGUAAUUGUAAUAAUAAUGUAUUUCAGGCUGAGAAAGAAUAAAAAAUUUAUCAAUUUGGCAUUAAGUUUCUAUAAAAUGUGGAUUUUUA